AUGGCGGAGACUGGAAGCUCCUCUCGACCGCAUUUUCCUCCACACUCAGAAUCUCAAGUGUGGUUGAUAUCGUCUGGUGAUAGCCCAAUCGGUGUCUCCUUAACUCGCCAGCUGCUUGCGCAUGGAGACCGUGUUGUGAGCGGGCUGGUCCCGUCGGAUCUCCUACGAGACGAAAAGCGUCGCGACUAUUUUCACGACUUUCUUGAUGAAGUCGACAGAAACAGUGAAAAUGGUUGGAAAGACCGGUUUCGACCAGUAAUGCUCGACAUAAGAUACAGGAAAAUGGGUGAAUGUCAAGCUGCAGUGGCUGAGGCGGUAGAGACUUUUGGCAAGCUUGACAUCUUGCUAUGCUGCACAAGUCAGGCCGUUGUCGGUACUGUUGAAGAACUGGCUGCAUCAGAGAGGACAAUUGGCCUCGUGCGAAAUCAAUUUGAGACAAACUACUUCGGUCCGGUAAAUGUCAUCAAGUCGGCAUUACCACGUAUGCGCAAGCAGCGAGCAGGUCAUAUACUAGUGCUGUCUGGGAUCACGGCACAUAUCGGAACGCCUGGCCUUGGGGUAUACUGCGCCUCGGAAUGGGCAUUGGAGGGUUUCUGUGAUAGCCUUGCCUAUGAAAUUGCACCCUUCAACAUCAAAGUCUCUAUCCUUCAAUGCAGCAUGGAAAUCCGUAUCCUCACGAAUCUCAUCAGCAGCGUCCCUCCAAUCCUACCCGCCUAUUCAUCGAAAGAGAACAAUGCACCACUCUUUCGUAACAUAUUAGAUGGCCUUGUCUCUCGACUCCCGCAGGCAGAUGUUGAGGCUGUUAGCCGGACGCAUCAAGAUUCUAGCUCUGCCUCGGAGCAACAGGGACCUUUUUCCUCACCAGAGGUGGUCUCCAUGUAUCCACCGCUGAGCGCACCACACCUUGAAGCUCUUACAUCGGAAACCGUGCACGCAAUCACAUCCAUUGGUGGUCAUGAAAAUCCUCCAUCACGGCAUAUUAUUGGCCAGGAGGGCGUUGCUGCGGUCAAAGAAAAGUUGAAAACUGUGAGCGAGGAGCUUGAGGAUUUCGUCCAGUCCAGUUAUUCGGUUAAUAUCGUUGACAGUAACGACGAGCUCCAUGACGAGGGAGUGCUAUAA